GAGGAGAGCGACAGCGACGAGGCGGGCGAGGGCGACGAGGAGGAGGCCGGCGCGCGGCAGGGCGGCGCCGAGGCGGCGGCCGCCGACGGCGGCGGCAGCGGCGGCGAGGAGGAUCCAGACCCGGCCAGCGACUCUUCGGAGGACGAGCGCCCCAACCGCAACACCAUCGGGGAUGUGCCCCUGGAGUGGUACAAGGAUGAGGAGCAUGUGGGGUACGAUGCGGAGGGGAACAAGCUGGCGCGGCGGCCGCGGCGCGACCGCCUGGACAAGCUCAUCGCCCGCAACGACUCCUCCAAGGAGCUGCGCACCGUGUAUGAUGAGUACAAUGACGAGGAGAUUGUGCUGAGCAAGGAGGAAAUGCGCAUGAUACAGCGCAUACGCGCGGGCCAGUUCCCGCACGUGGAGGUGGACCCCUUUGAGCCCGAGGUGGACUGGUUCACGCGGGAUGUGGAGGUGAUGCCGCUGAGCGGGGCGCCCGAGCCCAAGCGACGCUUUGUGCCGUCCAAGUGGGAGGAGAAGAAGGUGGUGAAGCUGGUGCGUGCGCUGCGCAAGGGGUGGAUCAAGCGGGAGGAGGCGCCCGAGAAGCCAGAGGCAUACCUGAUUUGGGAGGAUGAUGGCAAGACGCUGGACAAGACGGCCACGGGCCUGACGUACAUCCCCGCGCCCAAGCUCAAGCUGCCGGGCCACGAGGAGUCGUACAACCCGCCCAAGGAGUACCUGCCCAGCGAGGAGGAGAAGAAUGCGGCGCAGCUGGCAGAGGAGGUGGAGGAGCGGCCGCAGUUUGUGCCCACAGCCUAUGAUUGCCUGCGGCGGGUCCCCGCCUAUGCCUCCUUCAUCAAGGAGCGCUUUGAGCGCUGCCUGGACCUCUACCUGUGCCCCCGCACACGCCGCAAGCGGCUCAUCAUCGAGGACCCCGAGGUUCUGGUGCCCAAGCUGCCCAAGCCUCAGGACCUGCAGCCCUUCCCCGCCCUGCUGUCGGUGCGCUACACCGGGCACACCAAGCCCGUGCGCAGCGUGUGCCCAGACCCAACCGGCCAGUGGCUGCUGUCGGGCUCAGACGACGGCACCGUCCGGCUGUGGGAGGUCCGCACGGGGCGCUGCAUGCGGGUGUGGCAGCUGGAGGAGCCGGUCAGCUGCGUGGCGUGGUGCCCCUCGCCGCAGCUGCAGCUGCUGGCAGCUGCCUCUGGCAAGCGGCUGUUCCUGCUGCCCACGGGGACGGGGCAUGAAGAGCAGGAGGCGGCCACUAAGCAGGCGCUGGCGGCGUGCACAGCCAGCAGCAGCGCCGGCGGCGGCGGCAUAGAGGAGGGGCAGCUGGUCAGCUGGCAGCGAUGGCAGGGCGGCGGCGAGGAGGGCGGCGCGGUAGUGCUCCACAAGUUUGCCAUCAAGCACGUCACCUGGCACACGCGCGGUGACUACUUUGCAACCACAGCUCCCGCAGGCAACACGCAGGCGGUGCUGGUGCACCAGCUGAGCAAGGGCGUGAGCCAGAACCCGUUCCGCAAAAACCGUGGCCGCGUGGUGCGCGUGCUCUUCCACCCCGCCAAGCCUUUCUUCUUCGUUGCCACCCAGCAGAACGUACGCGUGUACAACCUGGCCAAGCAGGCGCUGGCCAAGAAGCUGGUGGCGGGCAGCGGCGUGAUCACCAGCAUGGCGGUGCACCCCAGCGGCGACCACCUCAUCGUGGGCAGCGAGGACAAGCGGCUGUGCUGGUUCGACCUGGACCUGUCGUCUAAGCCGUACCGGUCGCUGCGGUACCACAACUAUGCGGUACGCGGCGCCGCCUUCCACCGCACCUACCCCCUCUUUGCCUCCUCUUCCGACGACGCCACCGUGCAUGUCUUCCACGGCAUGGUGUAUGCCGACUUGAUGACCAACCCGCUUAUCGUGCCGGUCAAGAUUCUGCGGGGCCACGAGAUGGUGGACUACCAGGGGGUGCUGGAUGUGGCCUUCCACCCCACGCAGCCCUGGGCCUUCACCGCCGGCGCCGACGCCGCCAUCUGCCUGUUUGUCAACCCCUGA